AUGACAAUUAUCCCAUCUGAGACAACUCUAAAAACCACCAUAAGCUCAUCAGGGACAAAUUUGUCAAGCACAACUCUCACAGAAGCAACAAUCUUUUCGGAGGUAACUUCCACAAGAACAUCUACAGCAGGAUCAACAAGUUCCUCAGAGCCAACUUUCACAAAUCCAGCUUCAACAGUUUCAACUGGGUCUUCUGAGUCAACAACAUCUACUACUUUCUCAAGUAUACCAACAACAAAUGUGACAACAGUAUCUGAUAAAACUUCUGAAAUGACAAUUAGCCCAUCUGAGACAACUCUACCAACAACCAUAAGCUCAUCAGGGACAAUUGUGUCAAGCACAACUUUUACAGAAGCUUCAACAACAUCAUAUAGGUCUUCUGAGUCAACAACGUCUGUAUCCCUUAGUUCAUCAGAGACAACUAGCCCAUCAGAGACAACUCUAACAACAACCAUAAGCUCAUCAGGGACAAAUGUGUCAAGCUUAUCAAGCUUACCUCACACAGCAUCAACCAGCUCAUUGGAUACUACUUUCUCAAGUAUACCAACAACAAGUGUGACAACAGUAUCUGAUAAAACUUCUGAAAUGACAAUUAGCCCAUCAGAGACAACUCUAACAACCAUAAGCUCAUCAGGGACAACAUUGUCAAGCACAACUCUCACAGAAGCAACAAUCUUUUCAGAGGUAACUUCUGCAAGAACAUCUACAGCAGGAUCAACAAGUUCCUCAAAGCCAACUUUCACAAGUCCAGCUUCAACAGUUUCAUCUGGGUCUUCUGAGUCAACAACAUUCUCAAGUAUACCAACAACAAGUGUGACAACAGUAUCUGAUAAAACUUCUGAAAUGACAAUUAGCCCAUCAGAGACAACUCUAACAACCAUAAGCUCAUCAGGGACAACAUUGUCAAACACAACUCUCACAGAAGCAACAAUCUUUUCAGAGGUAACUUCUGCAAGAACAUCUACAGCAGGAUCAACAAGUUCCUCAAAGCCAACUUUCACAAGGCCAGCUUCAACAGUUUCAUCUGGGUCUUCUGAGUCAACAACAUCUGUAUCCCUUAGUACUUUAUCAAGCUUACCUCACACAGCAUCAACCAGCUCAUUGGAUAGCUUAUCUCCAACAACAUCUACCAGCUCAUUGGAUACUACUUUCUCAAGUAUACCAACAACAAGUGUGGUAACUUCCGCAAGAACAUCUACAGCAGAAUCAACAAGCUCCUCAGAGACAACUUUCACAAGUCCAGCUUCAACAGUUUCAUCUGGGUCUUCAACAACAUCUGUAUCCUUUAGUUCAUCAGAGAAAACUUCAUCAAGCUUAUCUCCAACAACAUCUACAAGCUCAAUGGAGACUACUUUCUCAAGUAUACCAACAACAAGUGUGUCAUAUAGGUCUUCUGAGUCAACAACGUCUGUGUCCCUUAGUUCAUCAGAGACAUCUGAUAAAACUUCUGAAAUGACAAUUAGCCCAUCAGAGACAACUUUAACAACCAUAAGCUCAUCAGGGACAACAUUGUCAAGCACAACUCUCACAGAAGCAACACUCUUUUCAGAGGUAACUUCUGCAAGAACAUCUACAGCAGGAUCAACAAGUUCCUCAAAGCCAACUUUCACAAGUCCAGCUUCAACAGUUUCAUCUGGGUCUUCUGAGUCAACAACAUCUGUAUCCCUUAGUUCAUCAGAGACAACUUCAUCAAGCUUAUCUCCAACAACAUCUACCAGCUCAUUGGAGACUACUUUCUCAAGUAUACCAACAACAAGUGUGACAACAGUAUCUGAUAAAACUUCUGAAAUGACAAUUAGCCCAUCUGAGACAACUCUAACAAGUGUGACAACAGUAUCUGAUAAAACUUCUGAAAUGACAAUUAGCCCAUCUGAGACAACUCUAACAACAACCGUAAGCUCAUCAGGGACAAAUGUGUCAAGCACUACUUUUCCAGAAGCUUCAACAACUUCAUAUAGGUCUUCUGAGUCAACAAUGUCUGUUUCAUCUGGGUCUUCUGAGUCAACAACAUCUGUAUCCCUUAGUUCAUCAGAGACAACUUCAUCAAGCUUAUCUCAAACAUCAGAGCCAACUUUCACAAGUCCAGCUUCAACAGUUUCAACUGGGUCUUCUGAGUCAACAACAUCUGUAUCCCUUAGUUUAUCAGAGACA